AUGCAGGCCUUCCGACAUACCUGCCUUAAUAUGAUCAGCACUGGCAUUCACAAAUGGGGUUUCGUUAUUUACCGCUGCACAUACGAAGACGAUGAACUCUGGAACCGCUACCUGGCGCAGCUCAAGAGCUUUUAUCACGCCGACCUACUUGAAAAGCGACGCGCCGAGCUGCUGGAGCAGUAUCUAAGCUGGGAUAUUAUCGAGGACCGUGCUACUCUCGAAAAUGCCUCAAGGCUUGAAGUUAGGAAACACUUUAAUCGAUGGGUUACGGAGCAGAAUGUCCCUACGCUCCCAGCCAAGGCCUUACAAACAUGCUCCCCAUCCAGCUACCCCGCUUCAAAUACUGUGUAUACGUCGACAAGGAUUGCCUUAAUACCCUCCUUCAGUUCCAGGAGGCAAACGACGGUACAGCAUUAUUUGCAGAGCUCCUACCGCCGAUGGUUUUCGCUCUCAUUGAUCGAACCUGGACACUGGAUGGCACUAAUGAUAGUGAUAUUCGCGAUGACGAGACUGAGCACGAAGAGGAUGAAAGCGAAGAGAAUGAAAGCGAAGAGGACGAGGAAGAAGAAGAUGAAGAUAAAGGUGGCUAUCCCUUAUUGA